UUUGUUCUACAAUGAUGUUAAGCGUUAACUCUGGCGACAACGAUUGACGUACAAGCCGUGUUGUUGCUGUUUUGAGUGUAGGGUUGCACGCAAACCGGAUCGUUACGUAAAUAACACUAGAGAAAAGCCGUAAUGUUGUUCUGUAGUAUGACAUGUUGCGAGAAUACAAUUUUCAGAAAAGUCGUGUCAGUUUUCGUGUAUUUUUAUGCGUCCGGAGAUUGUUUCCUAGAUUAAAUUGCAACUCGCUCAAGUCAUAUGACCGCAGUUGAAAGAUGACGGAUAUGGAAGCAGAGUCUACUCCUUUACUUUUUAGGCCGCAGCAGGGUGGACCUUUACCAUGGGACCCUAGAAGAAGCCGAAUUGCAGGCGUUGUCGUUUUGAUAACUUUGACUCUCGAACGGCUGGCAUUCUAUGCGCUUGUAGCAAAUUUAUUUGUUUUCCUAAGUCUUGGCGGGUGGUCACCGCGUGCAGCGAUGACAGCUGUGCUGAUGCUUGUUGGUGUUGCGCAUUUUUCAGCUGUUGGUGGCGGAUGGUUGGCGGAUGCUCUCAUUGGGAGGUACUGGGCCUUAGUGACCGGGUUAGCGUUGUAUACCUUAGGUUUUUGUUUGUUGGCAACCGCCGCAGCGGGUUUGCUGUGCGUUAGGGAUCCAACUAAACCACACUGCCUGUACGAGAUGUAUGCAAUAUUAGUUGCAAUAGGCAUUGCAGCCGGGACAGUUCGAGCAAAUUUUCCCUCCUUUGGAGCUGAGCAGGUCAAGUAUGGGGGAACAGAUUCUUUGAGGAAGUUCUUUAACUGGUAUUACUGGUGUGUCAAUAUUGGUAGCCUUUUGGGAGUUGGUGCACUGUCUUAUGUGGCACUAGAUAUGACCCAUGGAUUUCUUCGUGCCUUCAUUGGCACAUCUGCCUGUCUUGCUCUAGCAUUGGUGCUCUUUGCUUGCGGUAGACCGUAUUAUUUAGUGCAUCGUCCUGCUGGGUCAGUGCUCAAGAAUAUUCUCUGCAUACUGCGUGAGGCAAUUGUUGGACGUUGUCACUUACGCACUACAAGUAUUCAAAGUUCUCCUGUUGUUGGGAGGCGAUCACAGCGUAAUCUUCCCUCACCUUCGUGGCUGGACUAUGCCAAAAUCCGAUAUGGUGGCACUCAUCAUGAUUCUGCUGUAGAAGAUGUCAAGAGACUAGGAGCUAUCUUGUUACUUUUUGUUUGCCUUUCUCCAUACUGGCUAGUAUUUUUUCAGAUUGAAACGGGCUUCCAGGAACAGGGGGUACACUUAAAGAUUGGAUUUGGUGAGAAUUCACAUGUUUUCAAUAUGCCAACAGCGUGGUUGAGCCUCUUCGAUCAGGUGUUCAUCCUGGCUCUUAUUCCAAUGAUGAAUAGCGUCAUAUACCCUGCUUUAGAUCGUAUGGGCCUCAGAGUAACUCUUCUGAAGCGAAUUGGUCUAGGAAUGGGGUUCAGUUUUUCUGCAGCCGUAGCAGCAGGUGUCCUGGAAUAUUUUUCACUAAAACGCUGGCAACAGGGGCAUGCCAUUCAACAAGUUAUACACAACACUACGUACAACGCAAGUGACAUAUCUUUGUUGUGGCAGAUCCCACAGUACUGCCUAGUUGGCAGUGCUGAAGUCUUUGCAGGUGUUGCAGGUCUCGAGUUUGCCUAUUCAGCAGCUCCACGGCCACUGCAAGGUGUUGCCAUGGGCUUGUUCUCUGCAACGGAAGGAGUGAAUUCUCUCCUGGGAACAGCUCUCAUCUCAGCUCUCUCUCCAGUCUGGAUCCGCCAGGAUGCACAACAUUUCCAAGGCCACCUCGAUUAUUACUUUUUCCUGUUGGCUGGUAUCCAGGGUGUGGCAUUAACUGCAUAUGUGGUGUGGCUUAUAGUUAGGUCCAGACACAGUCCUGAUUCUGCCAGCGGAAGCUCAAUUUAUAGUCCACCACCUUAAGUGUCGUGAACGGAAGACUUGUUCAGAGUAUAGAGUACAGUACACUUGCUACAUUUCUAAUGUACUCCUAUGGAGUAAUAAAAAGUUGAACAAUCCUGCUGUGGACCACAUUCAUGCCGCUUUGAAGCCAUUCGUCAAAAUAUGAAGCUUUUAUUGGAGCAUUUAAUUGCUAAAAAAAUCAGAUAAUCUUGCACAAAUCUCAAGGAAUACAUGGGCAUAAAGACUGUUAAUAGCAAUAAACUGUUAUCUGCAACAUAGUCACAUAAAGUCUAAAAACCAUAUUUUACAAUACUUAAGCUACAAAAAUAAUAAAAAGCUUUUGUCUGGUCUCGGAAUGAUCUCUCAGUCUGACAGAGAAUGACAAACAUUCCUUGAGAAGGGCUGUGCCAUAAGUUUACCAUAAACUUUCUUUUAUUAAUCAAAAUUUCAUGUUUUUUAUGGGCUCUUUGAUGGUUAAUUUAUUGCAAUGUAUAAAUAGUUAAAGAUAAAAGGAAGUGUUUGUAUUGAAAUUUACCUAAGAAAAUUAUCCUUUAUGCUGGCCAGUUUUAUUUCACCAGUAAUGAAUGUUUUUUUGUAAUGCACGUUCCUUGUCCCUUAAUUAUGUAUGCUAUCUCUCUUCGAAACUUGAUCUUAAAAAGAAUUUAGAAGCAAGAUUUUGCUCCCCUUCUAUGAUGUAGGCUUCUGCUGCUGCUAUAGAAAUAUCUUAACACAUUUUCUGUAAUAAUUUGUUUAAUUUUAUAGACAUUCUUGUAUAUUUGUGAAUAAUUAAGACUGAUAUAUGUGUGUCAGUGUUUUAGGACCAAUAUUUUACUUUGACAUACACCUGGUCUUAUUUGGUGCUCAUCAAAGAUUUUUUUAAUGCAUUAGGAACAGUUUUGAUUGUUGACAUUCCAGUUGCUUGAGCCAACAGUAAAUUUAAGUCUCGAAAUUCCACACCACAUUUUUUAAUACAUGCAGAAAAGUAUGCACUAAUGGGUAGACAGAAUGUAAUUCAAAUGGUCAAACCAUAAGUGACAUUGUGUGUACUACAUUCCUCUUCAAACAUCAAACUCUCAAAAGUCAACAUAUAUAAAUUACAGAUAUAUGCAUGAUAACAUUUGAAAAUUGAAAUUAAUCCAAUUAACAGUGUGGAAAAGAUUUGGGUGAUUUUUGACUGAGUUGAAAGGUCAGUAAGUAAACCAGGUGCCAUUUAAGAUGUGAAUCGUAGAGAUUCUUAGAAAAGAGUAGGUAAUGAGAAGGAAUCAUCACAAAGCAGUAGGUUGCUGUAAAUUUAGAAGUUCAGAAUGUGUUCUACAGAUAGAUAAGUCACGUAAAGCUGCUUAGUCUAUUUUGUGAGUAGUAAUUGUUCAGUAUCCCGAGUGAAGUCUUGCAGAUAUAACAAGUAUUUGAUUGGUAAUUUGAUCUUAUUGCAGAGUAAUAUUACUUUUAAAUUUAUUUGGCUGAAUAUGAUGAAACACUGAAAUUUAAUUAUGUAACUUGGUGCAAACAAUAGGAGAGAUAACAGCUUUCAGCAAAUGAAGCACACUUAUUUCUAGCAUGUGUAGAUUAAGUUCUGAGUCUUACUUAACAGCUCCUGGUUGUGCAAUCCAAAACUAAGUUAUUCUUAUUAACUGAUUUGCCCUAAAAUCAAAUAAUUAUAUAAUUUAUCUUGGUGUAUGUGGUGCACUGCUGUUGAAUAAAGUUUAGGUUCUCACAUUUUCAUGAACUUUUGCUGUUGUAAUAACUUGUGAAAUGCAUUAUUCAUAAGACUUUCUGCCUUCUAAUGCUAUCUCUUAUAUGUUGACUGCUCAUUUCUUAUAUCCUGUGACUUUGGUUGUUUGCUAUUCAGAUGGGUGUAUGGGGAAAUAAUAUCCUGUUUUAGUGCAUUUGGUUAUUGCAAAAAAAUAGUAGUGAAAGAAAAUGAAGUGUUAACAAACCAGGGAAAGUCUAUUUUUCCUAUAAAAAGUGGUAGUUGAACAUUUAUUAGAUAAAGAAAGAACAAAUGCUGAUGAAUCCUUAAUACUCAAUCAAUUACUCCUGUUGUGCAGUCAAUCCUUGUUUAUUACUGCAUGUUGACCCUUGAUCUGACUGAGCGGAUAUUAUACAUUGAGAGACUCAUUUAUCCCCUUUAAAGGGAGGAAAAUGUUUCUCAUGACUACUGUUACUUUUGCUGUGUGUUAAGCGACAAAUCUUAGCCAUUGUUAUUUUGUUAAAUAUAAUGCCUCAUUUCACAGUUGGUAUUGAUAUUUAAAGUAUGUGUUUUUAUAGGAAUUACAAAAUGUUUUCACAGGCUUUAUUAUUUCCUUUGAAUCUUUCUUUUAUUGUUGGUGAUGUGGAAUUUUAACCUGAGAGACCUAAUUGUUAAUCCAUACAUCAAUUUAUGCUUAAAUUUUCUUGAAGGUUAUGGACUGAACUUUUAUGUAACUCAUCUUGAGCUUCUGUUAAAAUAGAGCUAGUGUAGAGUAUCUCAUGACUGUGAUAAAACUAGUCGUUAUUGUGCCAUGAUAAAAUAAGGCUUCUAUACUGUACAAUGAAAUGAGUUCUUUUUGUGAUUGAACUUACUGAAUAUUGUAUGUUUUAUAAUGAGAAACCUCCACUGUUCUGUAUUGAAAUGCACCUUUGUAACUUUUUUUUACUUCAUUUUCAUUAUCAUGUAAGUUACAAAAAACAGAUAUUGUUUUUCUGCCUGUAUUGACAGUGGCAUCAAAUAAAUUUUGAGAAAGCUCCU